UUGACAUGUCCAGUUUGUGAUAGGGAAUACAAAGAAUUAAUUAUUUACAAUUAUAGAUUUGCCUUAUGUCUACAUUGAAACAAUUUGUCGGUUAAAUUUUUUUAUAUAACUGAAUAAAAGUAAUUAAUAUGUGGAAAUGCCAUAAAUGUCACAAACCCGUAUAUUUUGCCGAAAGAAAACAAUCGUUGGGAUAUAAUUGGCAUCCGGAAUGUUUGAGAUGUGAAGAAUGUGGAAAAAGAUUGAAUCCCGGUCAGCAUGCAGAACACAAAGGAGUUCCUUAUUGUCACGUUCCUUGUUAUGGGGCCUUAUUCGGUCCUCAAUUAUUUGGUCAUGGUACUAGGGUAGAGUCUCACAAAAGUUUUGGUGCCCAAAAAGAUCCGCCGAAGCUCAGUAAUGGUCCUGCACUUCCUAGAUCUCAUUUGGAAACGAAAAUUAAAGUUUAUAAUCAAUUUUAUGAAGGUAAAAGCGGUGAAAUUCGUUCUAGAGAAGUAAACGGUAGGUUUAUAUUGGAAGGUUCGUUGCGUAUACAUUGGGGUAUUCACGGAGUCAUCCACCUUAAAGAAAAUGACGAUCAACGUACAGUAGUUACUGUAAGAAAGAGGAAUUCUUAUAGAUCUUCUAGUCCUGAAUACGAUACAGACGACGAUAUCCAAAAUAUUUCAAGAGACAGUAGUUAUAAUGAGAUAUCCACUUGCUCGGAUGAUCUUACAAGGUAUUAUACACUUAUUUCCUCUGAAAAAAGAACAUCUGGUGAUGCCAUGUCUUGCAGAUCUGAUACAGGUAUAGAAAGCGGAUCGGAAUCUCUGGAUUCGAGUGUGACUGAUAGUAAUUCUCCCCAUAAUGUGAUCAAAAGUGUGACGUUGCCUUCUAAAUUGGACGUUAAAUCUAUGGAAUGGGAUGAACUUGACGAAUUACUCCGGGUCGAACGAAAAAUCGACAUAGCUGAUCAUUUGUAUCAAACAAUGCCGGUAACUUUACCUUCCCAAACCAGCUUUGAAAGUACCAGUGGAUCUAGCAGUAGCACGAAAACCGAAAGUUUAUCGUUAACAAUAAAAAAUGAUGUGUCUUCAAUGGUAACGGACGCUGAUAGCACCUUGAAAGCUUGCUUAACUAACGGUACCACUAGUGAAGACAAAAUCCCAUUGAUAUCGCCGUCUUUGAGUAAGGAUGAUGCUUGGUUGUUGCAAGGUAUUCAUCUAAACAGAUCUAUGUCUGGUCCCGAUUGUUUGGGUCGAAUCAGAGAUGCCCAGUCUCCCGAAUUCGACAGAAGUAGCAUGAACAGCAUGGAUAUAUCGACUAUGUCAGAACAACCGGAAGAAGUUGUACUAAGAAGACCGCAUAAAGGUUCUACUGCAAUAAAAAGAAGACCAGGAAAACGUUUAUCGAGAAGUAAAGUCAAAAGAAGAUGUUCAAUAAACGGUCAUUUCUAUGACCGUGAGACCAGUUUCUUUACACCGCCCCACGGUAGUCAAAUGAGUGUAUGGGUAACGUCUCUAGUCAAUACCAGUGAAGUCAUAAAUUUAUUAUUAGAAAAAUAUAAAGUUGAAAGCGAUCCUCAACAUUUCGCUUUAUUUGUCGUCAGAGAUAACGGGGAGCAACGUAGGUUGAAAGAUGACGAAUAUCCGUUGUUGACCAGGGUUCUGUUAGGACCCCACGAAGACGUUGUCAAAUUGUAUUUAAUGGACAGUCACAAUACUCCGGAAGUUAGUUGCGAAGUUGCCCAAUUUUUGAAUCUGACUUUAGCCGAAUGUCGAGCUAUCCUUUCGCAAUAUUAUUCCCAGGAAGAAAGAGAAGUGGCCAGGAUAAAACAAAAGUACGAAGAAAUGAAGCAUAGAAUCUCACAUAAACUAAACGAAUUGAAAUAUGUAACUUCUUGAUGUUUUUUAUUUUUUUAAUUAUUCUUCUAUAUAUUUUUACAUGUUUUAAUCAGUAUAUAUUAUUAUUAACUAUAGUUUCAACCCCUAUUUUAUAGAAACCGAUGAAUCUAAUAGAAUUUAAAGUAAAAUUCUUUUAUAUAUAUAUAUAUAUAUAUAUAUAUAUAUAUAUAAUAAAUAUGCUUCGUAAACUUAUUCACAUCAUUAGGAUUUAUUAAAAACAAUUUGCAAAUUAAUUUUUUGUUCACAUUCCUUCUUAUUUUCAUUUUUAUCUCCACCAAUGUGCCUUAAUGUAAUUUUCCACUCAAUUUAUUCAAUAUUUUCCUCUACUUACAAUUUAUUGCGGAUAAAUGUGGCAUUAGACAUGAGUGUUUGAUUUGAAGUACAUAAUGGGGAUCCCUGUAUGAUUCCGUAGUGUCUCACACUUUGAGAGAAUGCAGAUAGAGUCCCAACACACUCAUGUUAGUAUCCGUACAGGUUAUACAUCCAGGUCUUCUCCGGUUAUAGUUUCCCUGUAGAGUUUUUGCCUGUAGAUUGACCCAAUAACUGGUUUUACCCCUAUUUCGUUUCCUUCCACUGUGUUGUACCCCCAUUGCAGGGUAACUUCAUGGGCCUAGUUCGUUCAAAUUGUCCAGGCAUUCGGAAACUAAUUUGGAUUUGAUAAUAUUGGAGCUUAGAACUUUAAUUACUGAGUUAUCAGAUGAUCUACAUUUUUAAAUUGUUUUAAAAUACAUUUACAAGGCUUAGUCAUUUUAAUUCUGACAAUAGUGAAUGAGUUUAUGAAAUUUUUUUUUAAAUUUAUGUUGGAUUUUACUCUCAAAAUGUUUUUUAAAGAUUUUUAAUGUUUGACUUUAUAUGUUUUUUUCGUGUAAUCGUGUUUCCUCUUUUUUUAUAUUGUUAUAUUUUUUAUACUUUGAAAUCGUAUCAGAUACGAUUUAAUUUACAAAAUUUUGAAUCGGUCUAUCGAAAUCAUUAAUUUUUCAACAUUUCGUAACAAGACUGUAAUAAAUUAUAAAUAAUUGUGGAAUCGUAAUAAUAAACUUACUAA